CAAAAUCUCUGACUUCAUCCAAAAUCAAAAUGCUACAAGGAGAGACAUUGCGGCAAGCUGGAAGACUCGCCACUCCACUUGAUAUUGCGAGAAAUUGCAGAGGAAUGCGGUUGUAAUUGCGGUUAUCCCUAAGGUCUAAAACAAACCUUGAAGCACACUGAGAAAGGAGAAAAAUGGAGUCUCUAAUUCUUCAACUCCAUGAAAUAUCAGCUGUGAAAUUUGGCAAUUUCAAGCUCAAAUCUGGCAUACCUCACGAAUCCACGUAGACCUCCGCCUUGUUAUAUCUUACCCUUCUGUCCUCUGCAAUGUUUCUCAAACCCUCAUUUCUUCUGUCUCUUCAACUUCAUUUGACCUUGCCUGUGGUGUCCCUUACACCACUCUUCCCUUUGUGUGCUUGUGUUUGUAAAUUCCUAAGUUUCACUUUAUGUGAAAGCGCAGAAGUUGAUGAACGAGCCGUCCUCAAGCACUUUGACUGGUCUGAAGGGAAAGCAGAUGCACUAAGGGAGGCAGCUUUUGAAUAUCUGGAUUUGAUGAAGUUGGAGAACCGAGUAUCCACAUUCAUUGAUGAUCCCCAUCUACCAUGUGAAGCUGCUCUGAAGAAAAUGUAUUCAUUGCUUGAAAACUAUGUGCGUGGCUGGUUUAGUGAUUUACGUGACCGUAACACUUCAGCUGUCAUUGAAUCCUUUAAAGGACUUGCUGCAGCCCUCCUCUCAUUGCAAAUGAAUUGUCUCAGGCAUGAUGUAAUUUCUUGUCCAUAUUAAGAAAGUCGACUUUCAUGAUGAGAAUUUCUCAGUAAGUGUAAGCAAAUCAGCGAAUGAGAUUGUUGCUACUUACACAAAGGAUGACAAGGUACUCAUGAAACUUUAUUUUCUUAUAUAUACACUUUUCUAUGUAUUCUGCUUGAGCAACACUUCUUUCUGCUUCUCUUAUAUGCAUUUGGAAAUUUCAGAAAAUAUUUGGGAAGUUAAUUUUGCUGAUACAAAAUUCUGAUUGAAAGAUCACAUGUCUGAUUGUUGUUGAAAUUGCACCAACUUCAUUUCCCCACUUCUAGGUUUUUUCUUUCUAGUUUUAUUUUUAACUUGGUAAUCCAAGUCCUGGCAUCAGUUUUUUUUUUCUGUAAUUUUAUUUCCUCAAUUAUGGGUUUUGUCCGCCAUCUGUUUUCUGUGGUUCCCAUAUUUGGCAGUACCACUCGGUUUUAUGCUCCUUUAUGUUUGGAGUAUAGAAUUUCCAAAUGCUCAAAUCAACAUAUAUGGCCUUGUUGCUCUUAAGGUAUGUUUCAAUCUUCUGUAGCCUUGUUCUUAUGCCUCUGCUGUAUAAGCUCAACGAGGUACAUCUUUUCAUUUUCUGAUAGGAUCCAUGUCUUUUGUUUUUCCAGGCCUUCUAUCUUCCAUGGGCAAUCCUUGCUUUGGAUGUCAUUUUUGGCUCGCCUACUGUACUUGAUAGGUGUUGUAUCUAAUAUCAACUUGAUGUGGCCAAACCAUAUAAGUGGGCUAUGGUUGGACUGGUGGCCUUAAAGCUCAUGUUGAAAAAUGUAAAACUUGAAUAAACCCUUUUAUUUCUGUCAUGUCAUCUAAAACUUGAAUAUAAAACAUAAAGUUUUCUA